AUGGUACUCUACACCAUGACAGACUUAGUCUGGUGUAAGGCUUUCCAACCAACUCUGGAGGGGCUGGCAGCGGAAUGGUACGGCGCCAUCCCCAAAUGUUCUUUAUACUCGUACAGCCAGCUGAAGAGAAUGUUCAUGGAGCAUUUCAUAACCUUGGUGGACAGGUACAAGAUGACAACCGAGAUGAUGUCCCUAGUUCAAGGAAAGGAUGAGCCCCUGAGGGAGUUCAUCAUCAGGUUCAACAAGGAGGCAACAACCAUUCCAAAUAUGAGCCAGGUGGUAGCGCUGUUAGCAAUGCAGAGUGGCCUACUGCCAAGGUCACCAUUUAGAGCAUAUAUGGGGCGUAAGAGCCUCAAAAUGCUCGCUGAAGCGCUAGGUAAAGCGCAUGAGUUCAUCAAAGCAGACGAGACUGACAGAGCAAUGCUGGGUAGAAAAGCAACAGGUGACUCAGUUUAG